GACUUUUGUCGUUUUAUGGGUUACGUUUUUUUGCUUCGGUCCUAUGAAGAACUCUAUUAAGUGUGAAAAGAGAACUGAAUAUUUGUUUUUUGUGUCAUUUUUAAUGAAAAGUCACUUUUAAUUAAUAGUAAUUUUUAAUGAAAAGUCAUUUUUAAUGAAAACUGCCAGUUAGAAUUCCUUAAAGUCCUUUUUGUAACGUUUAGUGCAAUUGAGUUUUAUAUUAAUUAGUUAUUGUGAGGUCUGUUUUCUUUGUAUGUUUCUUGUGUCUGUUUUAUUGUGUACAAAUAAAUAAAUAAAAAAUGGUGCACCAAGUGUCAGUGAUUCGUACCAGCGUCGAAGACGGCAUCAGGAGACUGUCUUCGGUUAGAAUUCGUGGAAAUGAAAGACGAGACCUGGAGUCUCAGAUGUCCAAGUCCAACUCCGGGACCGGAAGUCACAGCGUAUGGUGGACCUUGGCCAUUGAUAUACCACUGCUCGUUUUAGUGGGUCUUCUGGUGGGUCUGUUCGAGCUGAGGAUCCUGCCUGGUCACAAGACGGGGUUCUUCUGCAACGACCCCCGCCUGUCCUACCCGUUCACUGGAGACACCGUGUCUAUGGCUGCAAUUGUCAGCACUGUUGUGCUGCUGCCCAUUCCCAUUAUCUUCGUAACUGAACUGAUAUUCCACGACACCGAUUACUUCGAACGCACGAAGAUCGUCCAGAGCAUCCGUAACACCCUGUGGAUCUACCGGAGCUACGCGUAUGGUCUUUUUCUGAACCUGAGUGUGGUGGAAGUCAUGAAGUUGGUCACUGGAGCGCCAAGACCCACCUUCUUUGACAUUUGCCAGCCUGACACUGCUCGAACUUGCAAUGGGUCAGAAUUCGUACCCACGUUUGAAUGUACGCGGAACGCGAGGUUUUCCAGCUGGUUCCAAUCUGACUCCUACCACAGCUUCCCUUCUGGUCAUACUUCUCUCUCCGUCCAUUGUGGAUUGUUCCUUGCUUGGUAUCUCCAAAGGCGGGCAUUCGACUGGAACCAUCGCUGCGUAUUUGUGGUGCCAGUUUUGCAGCUGGCUCUUCUGUCCUACUCUGCUGUAUGUUCCCUCACCAGAGUAACCGACUACCGGCAUCACUGGUGGGAUGUGCUGGUGGGGACUGUCAUAGGAGUUGUCAGUAUGCUUUAUGCGGUGCUAGUCCUCUGCAAGAACUUCUCAUAUACGGCGAAAACCAACAAAGUUUCCGAAGGUCAUCAGAAUGCUUUGAUGUAUCACAAUACACGGUCCGAUAUGGUCUCUUAGUUUGAGAAUUCAUCUUGAUUGACUAUAAUAGCCUAUGAAAAUGUAAGAUGAUUGGUGUCUGUCGCUACAUCAAGAGGAAAAGUAAAUAUUACUUUAAUAGUGAUUUUGGAAGGUAUACUGUAAUAGAUCUCGAUUUGAUUUGGAUAAGACGCAGGUUUUUACCAUUUAGUGUAUGUUAGUCUUUAGGAAAAACAGUGUUGAGAAAAGAGAAGACGAAGUUACUUUAGACCAGACAAAAUAGGUACUGGCAAAGGAUUGACAAAUCUGGAAAGAGUUCCAUCGACAAGAGUAAAUCUUAUUAAAUGAAUGAAGUCUUGUAAGAUAUUGAUGUAGAUAUAAACGCAGGUUUUACCUGUCUCUCCUUUUUUAAUUUCUGCGUUUUAUAAGGUUAGAUGAUAUUAGGGAUAAUCAGGAUGAUUCAGAAUUCUGAUUUUAGAGUGAUCUGUUUGAUACUAUACGUGGAGAGACUAAAGGUAGGUAGAUGAUACAAUAUGACAAGUCUAUCGACAACUUCGAGAUGAGAGAGAAAGGAGGAUUUUCUUAAAAUCAGAGUACCUAUAUAUACAUAAUGUAUAUUAUGUAGACUUGCAUGGCUGUAACAUUAAUUGUUUCGUUAAUCACAUAGAAUAGUUAAGUAGAUCAAUUUAAUUGUUCACUGACUGAUGUGCAGUUUAUGUAUGACUGAAUUAAUUCCCUCACCGCACGGCGAAUUAUAUCAAGGACUUCGACCAAUAACCGUACGACGUUUAUGUAUGUAGAUAGCAUUCGCUGCGUCUAUUGGUCGAAGCCUUCGAUAUAAUUCGCGCCGCGCACGACACGCUUGCCGUGCAGUCUCUGCUGCACUGAGAACCACAGCUUACGUCAUAUGGCUGAAAUGUUUUGUUGUUAAAAUAAUUAUUUUUCAAUUAGUUAUUUAUUUGAUAUUUUCAUUGUAAAUAGGGUAGUCUCCAGAUAAUCAAAUCAGUUACUUUUUACGAAACGUCAAAACACGAAAUUUAUUACGGAAUUUGUAUGAAAAUGCAUAGAAAAACGUGUGGAAAUAUCGCACUUAUUAUUACAUUUUUCUUUAUUAAAAUUAGUAAAUAAGUUACGUAGAGAAAAGAGUUCUUUUUUUACAUUUGUCUUUAUUUAGUAAUCAGAAUUUCUUAAUUUAUCUUUGACCUAGGAAACUACCCAAUUCUAUCGCAAUCCGUCCUGUUGCAAUUUGACUGACGAAAUAUAGGCCUUUUUUAUAUUCUUUUAUGUUAUUUAUGGGCUAAAUUCGUCUCUAGUAUACCUACCUAGAACCAUUUUUCACACAAGCCUUUAUUGAUAAUGGCCCCGAUUCCUGCAGAUACCUCCUAAUUUUACUUUUAGUUAUACCUGUCAUUUUCUUAUCCGCCGAAAAAGAAAGUGACAGAUGAUUGACAGCUCUUAAUUUUAAGAAGAAUGAGUAAAUGAAUGAAUAACGCGGGCACAUCAAAAAAGUAUCUCGUUGGUCGCAAACCGUUUGACGUGUGCUGUCAACUUAAUUUUGUCGGAUUAUUAGCCUAUGCAAUUUUUUUAUAGGGUUGUUUUAGAUUUGUGUUUAAAAUUGACAUGUGUUCCAUAAAUUUUAUGCUUGUCGAUUACCCGUCCUUUUCCUUUUCGGCGCAUAAGAAAAUUAAAAUAAAAUUAGAUGGUGUUUACAGGAAAUAGCAACUAGCAAAUAUAAAACUUAUCAAUUUUAUAAUAGGUAUUGUAGUACGAAAUGUAAUGAGUAGAGGUAACCACACAAUCAGUAUUGUAAAAUAUAUGUAUCUUAAUAUACUAUAUUACAUAAUACUUAGGUGCUGUUUUCAGUAACACAGUUGGCUCGACCAUUAUAGACGGCGAUACGGCUCGCCUAUCACAUUGGUCUAACAGAAAGCUCGGUGAGGUGCGGUAGGGUGCGGGUAGUUGAUCUUGCGAUGGGCGUACCUCUGAUUACCCCGAUUGGGAUAUAGUGAGCUUAGGCUAUGUUAUUAUGUUAUAAUAUUACGUACUGUCACGAGUACUAAUAAGUACACAUUUUGAAACCAUGUCACAUUAACUUUUUUGACAAAUUAAACCGUAAGUCUCAUUAAAUUUCAAAUAUGAUAGUGCGACAGGGUUCUAAAGUGGGUACAUGAUAUUGCUCAUGACUGUACUAUUUUUAUUCGUAUUUAGCUAUUUGUAUUUAAUAUUUAAAAACUUACAAUACAUCAACACGGACCUAACAUUGAAGGAAAAAAGUUGUUAUAUCUAUAGGAAAAAAAAAAUGUAUUUUUAAUGCACAGUGAUUUGAUUACAUAUUUUUUUUAUUUUUGUACAACACUUUUCCAUUUAGAUGUAUAUUUAAGGAGUGCCAUUAUUUAAAUGUGUUAUUAAAUAAAAAUAUAUUUAUUA